GUCUUGCCCAUUUUACAAUCUUCCCGCUCGUCCGUUACGCUUUGUUUUGAGUGGAAUUUAACAAUCUCCUCCAAAAUCCGCGUGUUUUGAACCCGGAGUCCAUUCCAUAAUGCCUCCAUAGUCUGUAUUAAGUCGUAGUUUAUGACUAUGGCUACAAGUGACUGGAGUUCUAGUUAUAGCGAGGGGAGGUCGUCCCCUCGACGAGCGAAUUCUUCAUUCCGCUCCACUGUGGCCGUCUCUCCUAUCCCCAAUGGCAACGAAGACAACGAUUCCCCGACAGAUAGCGGAAAAAGCUCGCCGGUCCUUCCUCAUAACAGUACUAUGAAGGAUGAGACGGAGGCAGAUCGUCAAGCUGAAAUGGUCCGUGGUUACCAGGAAGAAAUUCGCAAACUGUCCAGACAACUCCAGCAAAUUCAGAUGGGCCAGAGCCUAAGAGAUGACAAUGAUGUGAAUGAAUUGAGGAGAAAGCUGGUGAUGGCUGAGGAGGAACAAGCAGAGAAAACAAGAACUUUUAAUGAAGAGACUACAAAGCUUCAUAGUCAGAUUGCCAAAAUGCGAUCUGCAGUUGAGAGAGGCGAAGCUACCAGACAAAAGCUUGAAUAUGAACUGGCGCUGUCACACAAGGCCGCUAACCAGGAGAAAAGAUCAGCCUCUGAUCGGGAAAAUCAUCUGCAGAAAACUAAUGCAAGUCUAAAAGAGACAAUUAGUGGCUUAAAAAAGCAAGUUGAGGAACUGGAAAAUUCCUUGAACAGCAACAAGCAAUCAAGCAAGAGUGAAGAAAAGAAAUUCAAGCAAAUCAACUCUGAGAAAGAUAAAGUGAUAUUCCAGCUUCAACAAGACAUAAAAGAUCAGCACGAAGAGAUCGGCCGGCUGCAGAAGUCGCUGCAAGAACAAAGCAGUGUGUGUAGUGAGCUACAUGAAAAAUGUGAAGCAUUAGAAGCUCAACGCUCAAGCCAAGGUGAAGCAAUUCACAAGCAGAUGAAGGAGCUUGAGUUCUCAUCUGAGAGAGAGGACAGGAUCAAACGAGAAUUAGAGCAAUACCAAGAGAGAGUCAAGACAUUGGAAGAGAGCAUUGAAGCUGAGAGAGCAGCACAUCUGGAGACUAAGUUCAACUCUGAAAUCGUACAGCUUCGUGUGCGAGAUCUCGAAGGGGCACUGGAGGUUGAAAGAUCUGCCGUGGAGGAAGCAAAGCAUAACAUGGAUCUUCAGAGCAAUCAGAUCAGGGAACUUGAAUCCUCGUGUGAGGAGGAAAGAGACAAAGUAAAAGCUGAGAAAGGCAAAGUGUCAGAGCUUGAGGAGCGACUAUCGGCUGACCGCAAGGCGCUCCAGGCAGAGGUGGAGGAGAAGCAAAAGGUCAUUACGACCAUGUCUAAGCAGCUAGAAGUCCACCAGAAAAACUUUGAGGCACUUAAAGGAGAGUUGUCACAGGCCCGCAAGCGCCAGAUGCAGCUUGACACUACUUAUGGUAGCAGCAUGCGGGAGCUUGAGAUGCUGCUCGAGAACUUCCAAGUGGAGAAACCAGCAGAGGGCACAAAGAAAGGUCAGCGCAAGGACAAGUCCAAGCCGCCUUCACCUGCCCUUGUGCUUGAGAACCUCCGACACACCAUGCUGGACUACCAAAGCAGAUGCUCCAACGCUACUGCUGAGCUGAGGCGGCAUCGCCAGGUUGUGGAGAGUUUGUCUUCGGACUGCGAGAAGUACAAAGAGUUGGUGAUGAGCAAGGACAUAGCGAUGAAGGAACUAGAGCAGUACUUAGGGAAGACCAACAAGGAGUUGUCUCAAACGAAGACUGAGGUCGCAGAGAAAGAGGCAGCGAUUGCCUCACUUCGCGUUGACUUACAGAACAAGACCAAGCUAUCAGAAGAUGAAAACAAGAGGAUACAAGACAUUGAAGAAGAGAACACCAAACUAAAAAGUGUAUACAAGAGUGAAGAAGAGUCCCGUCGGGGUUUCCUGCAUACCCUGUACCAGCGCAUGGUGACAGGCAAAGUGUACGUCAACUCUCCUGAUGCCUCGCUGUACAGGUAUUCCUGGACGGACAUGAGCUCUAUGGUAUCAGAGCAGCUGGCGUCUCUGAUGAGCGAAUACAGUAGAACCACCGAAAGGGUUGAUCAUUUGGAAGACGUGCUCGCAAACAAAGAAGAAGCCUUGAGGAACAGUCAGGACGCGCAUGAGCAAACUGUGGCUAAGCUAUCAUCGGCAAUCAAGGAGAGAGAGACAUCAUGGAAGAAACAGAAAGCAGAAAUAGAGGAGCAUUACAACAAAAUCAUCAACGACCUUCAAAACAGAACGAAGAAAACACAGAAUUUAGCCGAUAAGGCAUGGGAGAAAGUCCAAGAAACAGGUCACGUGAAGGAGACACUAGAACAGCGCAACACCAAGCUACUCCAAGCAGUAGAGAAGUACUCAAGACAAAACGCGUCCAUGCUGGCUGCUUGUGCUCUCUUGGCAGGCUCUCUUUGGCCCGCCUAUACAAGAAUUCGAGCUCUGACAUCACAACGAAAUUUUCUUUCGGAUUACGCUCGAUCACUGGAAUCCCUCAAACACAUGGUCCGAAGCUUGAGCGACAUGCUAACAAACGAACUUGACGAAGAUACGAAAAGCGAUUCCUCUCCCACCGGUUUCCGAGCGUUUUCCGAUGGUCGUCGGCCAGUGCUCGUGUUUCGGUCGGGAGCGAUUGCGGUUAUCGCGGCUAAUAGACUGCGGUAUUUCGGGAGCACGAGUGCAAAGAUGUUUGUGUCUGCGGAGUGUCCUGGGGAGAUGGGUGGGCUAUCUGUGGUGUUCGCUGGGGGAGUGCAGAGGUCAAAAACUCAGUUCAGAGCUGUUGUGAGACGUGAAGUUUUCGCCUCUAGCAAGCCUUGCGCCACACCAGGAGCUAUCGCGGCGCAUGCGUGGUUCACAAGCGCCCAGCUUCAGGAUCACUUAACCAGCUCAUUGGCCGAGCUGCAGGAGACAAUUGAAAGAAACACAGGCAGACCGCGUUCCCUCGAUAGCGACGAUCGUGACACCAGCUUCUCUCCGUCAAGUCCGUCCUCAGUCUCCUCUCUUAUCACGGCCGCAAGAAGCUCCUACUCCAAGCUCGUGUCCAGACUCCAGACUGAGUUCACGGCCACACAGAAUGAGGAGGACCUGUGGCGAGACGGCUACGCAAGCUACCGCGGGGACCUGAUGUUUAUUCUGGGUCAAGGUCUACACAGGUUGCUCACGCAGAUAGGGACGGCAACUCUGUAUGCAUCUUCACAGCAGACCGUGGCUGGACUUCAGGGUCACAUUCUAGGCUUCACCCAGCGCCUACACACGGCUGAGGUAGAGCGACGGUCAUUACGCCUGGAGCUAUCUCAAGCCAAACACGAGGCAUCAGAACUAAUGAAUAACCAGGCGGGGAGCCAGGGCGAGAUGAGGAGAAUGCAGGAGGCAUCACGGGGACUCGAGGACAAGAUACAGAACAUGAAAGAGCAGAUGCUGUCUAUGGUGCCUGUUGCCCGGUUCGAAAGCGUCUGUGAGGAGCUGAACAAUGCAUUAAAACGAGAGCAGCAAGCGCAGGCCCUGUUGAACGAACAGACUACUCAGAUGCAGGAGAUUGGCGCCCGACUCGAAAUGCACUCCACGCAAGGAGAGGAAAAGGAUGCGACGCUCGGCGAGGCUGUCCGGGGUCUAAGCGAGGCUAAGAUGGAGUUACGAAGACAGGAGCACGCCCUCAGGCAAAUGACCAAACAGAUGAACCAGCUUGAGGCCGACAAGAGAUCUUUGAUGGAUCGCGUGUCCAGUGCUGACAAGACCAUGACGUCUACCGCUAGAGAAAAGGAAGCGUUGCUGUCGUACUUGAACACGGUCGAGCGAGUCCUGGAGCAGAGCAAAGAGCAGCUAAGGCUAUCCCAUGGUGCAGUGGGAGCGCUAGACCUGGCACUACCGCAGCUGAUGUUGCCAGAUGAGAGACUGGGAUUUGAUGAGCUCAAUCUGAGUCCUGAGCUUCUUGCAAUAAGGAAUGUAGUGCAAGCCUUCAUGGAGGCACAAGAGGUCGCCCUGGACCAGAUCUCCUCCCUCGAGGGUGAGCGCCAGCAGACGUUGUCCCGCCUUGCCACCAUGGACGAGGAUCUCGCAUCUCACAAGGCGCACAUCAAGAGCUUGAAGAGAGAGCUUGCAGCAGCAUGCAGGCGACAGAUGAGCGAAGACGGCAUGAGUGAAGUAUUGCAGCGGAAAGGGGGCAACGAGAAGUGCAGGAAGACUGAGACAGGCGAGGAUAAAGAGAUAGACAGUAUCAUGCGGCAAUUGUCCGACAUACCCGAAUUCUUCAAAGAGAAAGGUAUCCCUUACUGGGACAGGAAAAGUCCGCCGGCAGAGUUUGUAGCACUGCAAUCUACCAAGAUAUGCAGUUCAUCAGAUAGCCUAGAGGAAGCUUUCCCUACACGUGAUUCAUCCAGCAGACGUCUUGUCGAAGACAGCUAUCGAGGGGACUUUAUUCCUCUUUCGGCACACCGUGACUCGAGCGCGUCCUUCCGGCCUUCUCCAUCAUCCACGUCCGGCCCGUCAGAUGAUGGGCGCUUGAGGGCAAGCUAUGCAAGUCCAAAAAGACGAAGCUCUUCGAAAUCAUAUCGCAAGCAAGGCAAACAACUCGGCCAAGAGUUCUCCAAGUUUCUUGGUUCAAAUGGUGAAUAUUAAUAUUCACAAGGCAAGCAACUCGGGAAAGAGUUGUCCAAGUUCCUUGGCUCAAAUGGUGAAUAUUAAUAUUCACAAGGCAAGCAACUCGGGAAAGAGUUGUCCAAGUUCCUUGGCUCAAAUGGAUAAGAUUCACCUCCAGUACCCAAAACGUGUCACUAGCACAAGUCAUCAACUAUAAGAACAUAUUCGAGCAAGUUAUCAAUGGAUAUCAUAGCAACCUUACGAGUCAUCGGCUAUUUUUCAAAUGUCUCGCCAUCGAGGAUACGGGGCGGGUCGAAAGUCAAAGCAGUGGCGGUCCCACGGAGAAGGGGGGAGGGGGAACUCCUCCCUCUCAUCUGACAUGAAUUUCAAUUAAGAAGAGUGCAUGAGAACUGUUGUUUUAUAUAUAUAGGCACCUCCCUCCCCUUGUGUUUCGGGUGGUGCCCAUAGUCAGAGUUUUUGUAAUAAAGCUAUCAUAUUCUUGUAUGUGUAACUUAUUUUAUAUAUAUUUCUUAUAUUAUAUGGAAAGCAAAACUAUUGUACAAUCUCAUUGCAAUUAAUAAAAAUAGAAUAUUUGAAGUUGCCAUAUGUCUUCAGAAGUAAACGUAAAAA